ACUCCAUUUUCUCUGUCUAGAAAUAUUGUUUCUUCUCUCUCUAAAACUCAUUUUCUUUCACAACAAACUCAAACAAAAUUUUCUUUUGCCUCUCUGUGUAACUCUGCUUUUAUAGAGAAGAGAUAUAUACAUAUAACAGUGGUUACUGUUGGGGAGGGGGGGUAUGAAAUGAAUAGAACGUGAAAUGGGAUGCGGUUUUUCGUGUUUUACCAACCCGGCGGUGGUGAACCGGACUGAACCGGAGGUAAUAUUCACGGGCAGCGAACCGCUCGACGAAACCCUAGGUCAUUCCUUCUGCUACGUUAGGUCAUCCGCCCGGUUCGCUCUCUCUCCGACAAACUCGGACCGGUUUGUUUCACCUUCUCAGUCACUCCGGUUCGAUAAUGAACCGGCUCCUUUAAGGACCGAAACCGGAUUCAGAGCGAUUUCAGGUGCGUCUGUUAGUGCAAAUACUUCUACUCCCCGAACUGUCCUCCAACUUGAUAAUAUUUACGACGAUGGUACUGGUAGUGUUGUGAAUGGUUUUGAAAGUACGUCUUCCUUUAGUGCUUUGCCUCUUCAACCGGUUCCUCGAACCGGUUUAAGCAACGAACCGGCUGGUCCAAUGGAAAGAGAGAGGGCUUUCUUCAUGUCCGGUCCGAUCGAGCGAGGAGCUCUAUCCGGUCCACUAGAUUCCGCCGUUCCAUUCUCAGCUCCGUUGGGUGGUGAUGGCAUUUAUGUAAAAAAGAGAAAGUUGAAGGGCAUUAAUGGAAUUAAAAAAGCCUUUAGACGGCCGUGGGUGGUGCCAGUGAGAAACUACUUCACAGGUAAAAAGGAAAUUAACUGUACACGUGAUUAUAAUGGAUGGCAUUUGCGUAAUAAUGUGAAUGUUGAAUGGGCAUUAGGAAAAGCAGGGGAGGAUCGUGUACAUGUGGUUGUAUGUGAAGAACAUGGAUGGCUGUUUGUUGGGAUUUAUGAUGGGUUUAAUGGACCUGAUGCACCUGAAUUCUUGAUGAGUAAUCUGUACAAAGCAAUGAACAAAGAAUUAGAGGGUUUGUUUUGGGAUAGUGAAGAUACUAGUAUUAGUAAUAAUAACCAAGAAAGCAAAAAAAAUGCAAAUAUAGAAAAUGAAGUGAUCAUUGAGGACUCAAAUGAAGCUAAUUCAAAUCAAGUGCAUAAGGAGAUGAGUAGGGGGGAUAGGGGAGUAGAAGAAGCUGAAAAUGAGGUUAAUUUGGCUCAGAUGGAUAAAAGGUGUGAAAAGAAGGUGAUAUUUCAAUCAGAUAAUGCAAAUAUAAAAAAUGAAGUGAUUGGUGAGGACUCGAAUAAGCCACAUUUUAAUCGAGGACCUAAGGCCACAAGUAGGGGGGCUAUGGGAGUAGAAGGAGGUGAAAAUGAGGUUAACUUGGAGCAGCUAGAUAAAGCCCGUAAAGGGUCGGAAAAUGAAGUGAUUGGUGAGGACUCGAACAAGCCAGGUUCGAAUCGAGCACUUGAUGCCACAAGUAGGGGAAAUAGGGGAGUAGAAGAAGGUGAAAGUGAGGUUAAUUUGGGACAGAUGGAUAGAGGGUCUGAAAAGAGAGUGACAUUUCAAUCAGGGGAGAUAGAGGUUAGGAGGAGGAGAUUGUGGGAAUUUUUAGCAGAAGAUGAGACAGAGGAUGGUCUUGAUCUUUCUGGUUCGGAGAGAUUUGCAUUUUCGGUAGAUGAUGCAUUAAGUGUAAAUAGUGCAGGUUCAGCGGUUAAUAGGAGGUCGUUGCUGUUGUCGAAGUUGAAACAUGGUUUGUCAAUUAAUAAGAACAAAGAGAGUAACAGGUUAUUCCCAUGGAGAUUCGGAUUGCAAGCUAAAAAGAAGGUUGAAGUAGGGGAGAAGAGAGUGGAGGAAAGGAUUGAUAGAAGUGAAAGGAAGCGUAAGGGGGGUCCGGUUGAUCAUGAGUUGGUUUUGAGAGCAAUGUCAAGAGCUCUCGAAGUCACUGAGCUCGCAUACUUGGAUAUGACAGAUAAAGUUCUUGAUCGGUACCCUGAGCUUGCAUUAAUGGGUUCUUGUUUGUUGGUUGCUUUGAUGAGAGAUGAAGAUGUGUAUGUAAUGAAUGUGGGAGAUAGUCGUGCUAUUGUGGCUCAGUACGAGUCUGAGGAGGUUAGUUCUAGUUCAGAACCAAUAGUUCCAGGCAAUUGCGAGUUGGCUGUUGAGAGCAUUGCUGAAGAAUCUGUAGUUGCCGGUGAUGAGGAAAAUAAGGCGACGAAUGAGAUACCUAUUCACGCUACGAAGCUAACUGCCUUGCAAUUGUCAACUGAUCACAGCACUAGCAUUGAAGAAGAAGUUAUUAGAAUCAAGAAUGAACACCCAGAUGACUGCAAUUGCAUUGUUAAUGAUAGAGUGAAAGGUCGUUUAAAGGUCACUCGCGCUUUUGGGGCGGGCUUCCUGAAAAAGCCUAAAUUGAAUGAUGCAUUGCUAGAAAUGUUUCGGAACGAGUACAUUGGGGAUGCUCCUUAUUUAUCUUGUAAACCUUCACUGCGCCAUCAUAGACUCUGUCCUAAGGAUCAGUUUUUGGUGCUAUCCUCUGAUGGCUUGUACCAAUAUUUGAGCAAUCAAGAGGUGGUUUGUCAUGUGGAGAAUUUCAUGGAGAAAUUCCCUGAUGGGGAUCCUGCUCAGCAUCUUAUUGAGGAGCUCUUAUUCCGUGCAGCCAAGAAAGCUGGAAUGGAUUUUCACGAAUUGCUGGACAUCCCGCAGGGAGAUCGUAGGAAGUACCACGAUGAUGUUACUGUUAUGGUGGUAUCUCUUGAGGGAAGAAUUUGGAAGUCGUCUGGGAAGUACGUCUGAGUUUUUACAAUUUCCAUGUAUAGUGGUGCGCUGCAAUUUUGAUCUCUUGAGCUGGGAUGUUGGGAACAAUGGUGGGAGCUGGAUAGUCGAUCAAGCUCGCUGCUCUGUUUAUACCCUUGACAACAGCCAAAACUGGUGCUAGAAAGACGACAAGGCUCGUGAAAGUAGAAAUUUAGUAGCUGGGAUUGCUCAGAACUGCUCCUAGAAAAGAAAGAAACAGGAUCUCUUCAUUUAGUUUCUUUUUAGAUUUGCACAGUAGAAUAGAUCUUUCCAUUCUUUCAAGUUCUUUCUUUCUUUUUGCCCCCAUCUCAUCUACUCUUUAGAGCCAAAAUCAAGUAAUUGUGACCAGGUGGGUGGCUUAGUUACUGAGUUUUAGCCGAUAUAUCUGUAUUUUUGAGGUGGAUAUCCACCAAUGCGGUUUACAGAGGAGAGAAUUCUUGUUGAACCCUUUGUGUAAAAAGUUCUAUCAUAGAAUGGGGCAAAGGGAAAGGUACAACACACUCU